CUCCGUAAAAUAUUUGGAGAGGCCAAAAACAUCUCAAAUUUAGAAGCUCAACAACUUAAAUUCAUUCAGCGAUUAAACUUCUCACCCAGGUUGUAGUGUUGGAGCAGAAUGGCAGAAACAUCUGAAGUGUUGCAGAAGCAUAUGACAAAUAAUCAGAGGAAUUAUUUGGUCUCUUUGAAAGAGCCACUGUCACCUGGGAGGCCUCCAGUUGAACUCCAGCAAUGCAUAGAUGAGCUUCUGAGGCAUACAAUUUCUUCAUCAGUCUCCAGAAAUCUUGAAACAGACAUUGGCUUGUCCAAGGAGUUUUGCACCAAUCUGUUGGACGAUGACCCUUCCAAUCCCACAGUUCCUUUGUACAAACGUCUAGCGACCUCAAUAAAUCGGUUUAUAUCAUCUGGAAGUAUAUUACAGUCAGAUAGUAGAGUUGCAUUGAAGCAAGAAGCAUGUUCUUUGAAACAGAAGGAAGAUGAGUUCAAUUAUAAGUUGGUGUGGGAAAAAGGACGCGAGUUACUCUACAUGCUUGAAAGGGUGGACUUUGAACUUCAUGUUCAGGAGCCUUUCUUCUCCUAUCUAAAAAGUGGAGAGAAAACAAUUGAAGGAAGGUGUGCUAUCGGUCACUACAAUAAGUAAGAUCAUAUCUUAUCACUUGAGUGAAGUGAAAAAAAAAACAUGUCUGCAUAAAGUUUACAUAUCAUGAUAUCAACAUAUUGUUUGCUGCCUCUGGUUGUGAUGUGGACACGCAUAGCAUUUGUUUAUUUAUAAGUGUCUAACGAUGAUUUGUGUUGGUGUUAAGAAUUGAAGUGGGAGCUUCAAUCCUUAUCAAUAAAUGUUUAGUUCUUCAGGUUAAGGUAAAAAUGCCAAAUUUACUUUUUAAAUAUCUGGUUACAGAUAUUUUGCAUAUCCAAGAAUGAUAAUCUGCACUGAGGUAAAUUGCAGGAUGUUCAUCAUUAUGAUUCGUUUCGUGAAAUGCUAGAAGCAGAGCCUCUCUCCAAAGUACUUCCAGGAGUUGAAUCUAUAGAAGCAGGAGUUGAAGUUUAUAGAAAUUUCUACACGGAGGAGAAGGAAAGGUCAAAUGGUGUUCUUGCCAUCUGUGUGACCAAACCAGUUUGGCAGCCUUAUCUCUCCAUGGCCACAAUACUAUCAGAUUUGAGCUAUGAAGGGCUCCAGAACCUCCUUCAAAAUGUUGCACAUAGUUCAGAACAAUGCUGGUCCACUUAAACCAAGCCUCGAUCCAAAUCGGCUAUUCUUGUUUGUUGGCUGCAUUGGGUAGACCCUUCUUAGACCAAGGCAUAUGAUUUCAUAUGCUGGACCAUCCCAUCAGUCAUGUUCCUUAGUCUCAGAUCACCAGUGGAAAGAUAUGAAGUUUUUAUGAAACAGUGGGAGUAAUUAGAGCAAACAAUCCAACCCUUGACAAAAAGUUGGCAUUUCAGGUGUCAAACAUGCCCUUCAUUGUGAGCUCUUGAGAAAGAUAAAUUGUAAAUCUUCCGAUUAACUUUUUCCGUUUUUCAAUCAAGCGACAAUGUUUCUUUCGGGGGUAGUACAAGUAGUACUGUCGUCAUUUCUUUUGCAUGUUUUAAUAAAAGUAAGGCAAUUAA